AUGGCAUUAAUAUGUGCCAGAAAGUUUUUAGACUUUUCAAUACUAAUAUUAAUAAUGUUUGUGAUGACUGUGCGAAGCAUUGGAAAUGUUCAACCAAUUCCUUCCCGUGAGAGUGAACGAUGGAAGGGCAGCGAUUUACAAAAAACUGGUUCAAGUUCGUUGUUACCCGAAUAUUAUGAUCCUCCAUAUGGACAUCGGAAAGAUUUUAUUACUUCUAGUUAUGAGGACAAAUAUUCGAGUAAUAAUCCUGUAUUUCCUAGCAAAACUAGGCAAGGAUUCUCGCCUUUUAGUAGUGGCAACUUUUAUGCCCCAGUAGGGUCGUAUGAUCGAAGACCAUUUAUGGGUGUUACACGACCAAUUGAAUAUGGUGUGCCAGAUUUUGAAAAUCAUUAUGACAACUCUCUACAAGGUCAAGGUUAUGGCUUGAACCAUUUAUAUGGUGCCAAAGAUUUUUCAAGAUCGCUAUGGAUACCAUUGGCUGGUGCUGCAUUAUUAGGAAUAGCGGCAGCAUUGGUUGCCAAUCCCGUGUUAUUACAUUUUGGAGUAACUGCAGGGAAACGAAAACGCAGAGAAAUCACAGAAAAGAAUGCACAUGAUUUAGCAUAUCGUGCAUACAUACGACGUACAAGGCUUGUGCAAUAG